ACGGGCAUUCGGAGAUAAUCGUGGACGUUGAAUGGCAGUAACAACGACAACAACAACAACAAUAGCAAUAGUAGCAGCUGAAGAGGAAGUGCUCGCCUUGUGGAUUAACUAAAUAGUAGAAAAUAGUGAUUGUGAAUGCUGAAUGCUGAAUCUGAAUUUAAGCAUUGUGAACUAAGUAAAUAAGUGUGGGAAGAGUGGAGAGGAUAGAAAGAGCUAAUUAAGUGGCAUAUGUACAUAGAGACAUACAUACAUACAUGAAACACAUAAAUACUACAUACACAAGCGUGUGAGCAUUUGUGUCCGCAUCUACACACAUACAUACAUAUAAACUAUUAUAUUUAUGCAAUACAACGCGAGACUGGAUGUGUGUGUGUGUAUGUGCAUUAAUUAAUUGUGCACUAUUUAAUGGCCAAAGGACUUAAUUAAAAGUUGUCUGAGGAGAUUCGAAAAAUAUAUACGGAAAGUGUGCAACGGUGCAUCGGAUUUUAUGCAUAAAAACUACAAUAAAUUAUCAGAGUUACAAGCAGAAGGAAAUGCAAUAAGUUAUUCAAUACUUCAAAUACUAAUCAAAGAAAAAAAGAGUCGAUUCGAGUGAAAAAAUAAAGUGAACACAACAUGUCGUUAGAAGUUCUAAAGGAUCACGCCCUCAUUUCGCCUAGCAGCGUUUUCUACUUCCUCUUGCUACCCACCUUUCUGCUAUGGCUGACUUAUUGGCGUCUAUCGCGACGCCAUCUCUACAAGUUGGCAGCCCGACUACCUGGACCGAAGGGAUUGCCCAUCAUUGGACAUUUGUUGGAUGUAUUCGGACCGGCAUCAUCGGUUUUUAAGACUGUUAUCCGCAAGAGCUCUGAAUUCGAAAAUAUCGCAAAAAUGUGGAUCGGCCCACAGUUGGUCGUUUUCAUUUACGAUCCACGCGAUGUCGAAAUAUUGCUGAGCAGCCAAGUCUACAUUGACAAGUCCUCGGAGUAUAAGUUCUUCAAGCCGUGGCUAGGCGAUGGUUUGCUGAUUAGCACAGGUGCGAAAUGGCGUGCUCAUCGCAAGCUGAUAGCUCCAACAUUCCACUUGAAUGUGUUGAAGAGUUUCAUUGAUCUAUUUAACGAGAAUUCACUUCAUGUGGUGCGUAAAUUGCGCGCCGAGGGUGGAAAAACAUUUGAUUGUCACGACUAUAUGAGCGAGGCGACAGUGGAGAUUUUACUCGAGACCGCCAUGGGUGUUUCCAAGAAAACUCAAGACAAAUCCGGCUAUGAAUACGCCUUGGCCGUCAUGAAAAUGUGCGAUAUCCUCCAUUUGCGUUCGCGAAGUCUCUUCCUGCGCAAUGAAUUCAUCUUUACGCUCUCCAAAUAUUAUCACGAGCAAGGCAAACUGCUGAAUAUCAUUCAUGGCCUCACAACCAAAGUCAUCAAAUACAAAAAAGCCGCCUUUGCUAAUGGCACACGCGGCUCAUUGGCUCAACAGGAAAUGGCGGCCAAGAAAAUUACACCACCGAGUACACCCACAGCUGGUGCGAGUGUAACAAAGAAGGGCGACAAACAAAAUUCAACAAAAGAAACGUCCGUGGAAGGCUUGUCAUUUGGCCAAGCCGAGGGCUUGAAGGAUGAUCUGGAUGUCGAGGAGAAUGAUGUGGGCGAGAAGAAGCGUUUGGCCUUUCUCGAUUUGCUGCUCGAGAGUGCACAAAACGGUGCAUUGCUCACCGAUACCGAGAUCAAAGAACAAGUCGAUACGAUUAUGUUUGAGGGACACGAUACCACCGCGGCCGGAUCAUCUUUCUUUCUCUCGCUGAUGGGCAUUCAUCAGCAAAUACAAGACAAAGUCAUUGCCGAAUUGGAUGAGAUAUUUGGUGACUCAGACCGCCCAGCCACAUUUCAGGACACUUUGGAAAUGAAAUAUAUGGAACGUUGUCUGAUGGAGACGCUGCGCAUGUAUCCACCGGUGCCGUUGAUAGCGCGCGAACUACAGGAAGACUUAAAACUAGCAUCGGGUCCAUAUGUAAUACCGCGUGGCGCUACAGUGACAGUGGCCACUGUCAAACUACAUCGCAAUCCGAAAGUCUACGCCAAUCCGAAUGUAUUUAAUCCAGACAAUUUUUUGCCAGAACGUCAGGCCAACAGACAUUACUACGCUUUUGUGCCGUUCUCAGCGGGUCCGCGAAGUUGUGUUGGCCGGAAGUACGCCAUGCUCAAACUAAAGAUACUCUUAUCCACCAUACUACGAAAUUAUCGCGUCUAUUCCGAUUUGACUGAGGCCGAUUUCAAACUGCAAGCCGACAUCAUAUUGAAGCGCGAGGAAGGUUUUCGUGUACGCUUACAGCCGAGACAACCCAAACCGAAGCCGAAGGCUACAUAGAAGGCUCGACCGUCUAUUUCUUUUAUAAUUCUGCUAGGUUUUGGAUUUACACACAUACAAGUACAUAUACAUACAUAUAUUUUUCCACAUACUAGAAAUUAAAUGUUUCUUUUUUUGUGAAAAUAAAUAAAAUGGCAUUUAUUUAGACAGGCUAAAUACAUACAUACGUACAUAUCUACUUGUAAAAUUGAAAUGUUAUUUCCUCAUCAUUACUCAGUUUUCAUGAUUACGAAUUAUGCAUACAAAGUACAUAAAUAAGAGAGAUAAUAUUUGUGGAGUCAGGUUAAAAAUAAAGUUUCAGUCAC